AUGCCACUCGAAGCUACCUCAUCACUGAACAUCCUUCCGGCCAUUUGGCAGUACUGCAAUGAGUUGAUAUCGAAAGCGAUGCCGGCUGCUAUCUUUAGACGGACAAUACUCGACUGCCUUCAGGACGUGGCGCAAAUUACUCCACACGAGCCAUGCAAGGAUGUUCGUUUCCGGAGCCCCGACGUUGAGCAGCAGAAUCUUGCAUACCUCCGUGUGGUUUCCUUGAGAUGUUCGCAACUGCGUCUUCCUCCGAGGUCAUACCUGGAGCUGAAGCGAGACAGGCCGAGCUUGUACAACAGCAGAAACGCGUCUGGCCGUGCCGCGGAUCACAAGAUGAAUAUUGCUCGUGGACAUCGUUCCACUUCAGCAUGGACAUGCCGUUCUAUUUAUGACAUCUCCCGAUGGCAAGGUGGCACCAGUAAUACCGAGACAUAUCUCAAGAUGCCUUUCCCCCACGUGGCACUCAUAAACAUCUUCAACCGGCGUACCGCCCUUCAAGUUCGAUACAACUCAACGGAAGUUUGGCAAACCGCGCCCAUUCUCGGGAAAUCUCUCGCGCAUCUUAACGGCGCGGCCCAUAGGCGGAAAGUAAUAUUCGUUGUAAGACGAAGUACAGAGAAGCGCUCGUCUAUUCCGUCUGUCGGCUACAGUGACACGCCUGCGGCUAUGGAGCAUUGUAUUCAACGAGACGUAAAACCUUGGACGGUGCAUGAUCUGGGUUCCGACCAGCUGCCCGAGGCCGCGGCCCGCGAUGCGACCUUGCAGCGUUGCGGGACAGAUUUCUUUCUCAUACUUUACGUCCGCAUUUCCGCAGAAGCAACUGUCCUUGAACGCCUCAAGUUUCAACGGGGCAGAUGCAUCACGACCAUACCAAUGCUGCAUCGGAACGAUGCCCCGGUGGCUCGUCCCGUCGACCGGGCAGGACUCCUCAGGGCACAAAGUUGUGCUCUUUCGCCCCGAGCCCACACGUCAGCUUCUGCUACAACCCAAGGGCUUAUCGGAGCUUUCUUUACGGACGUUAUAAUUCAACGACUUGUCUUCGACCUGCGUGCCAUUUUUUCUUUCCUAGCAUUUGAGCUUAACGGCCGAAGGCAAAGCCAUCGGUUGAGGAACAUUGCCUUUGCCAGCCAGAAUCAAGCUCAAACGGCCGUUCUCAACCGGCCAGCGCUGGUUUGCAGCUUCGCGAUGGCGAAGAUCCAACGUGGAUCACUAAAUGAUUGGAGAAACUCGGUGCGGUCAUUCAUCGCCACCAGCGUCUCCAUGCCGUGA